GUAACGUCACGUAGUUUUCCACUUCCUGUUAGCCUGGGGAAGAUAGCGGACGAGCGGUCGAAAAAUACCGAUGAAUUAAUGUAAAGCGUCUGCAUAACUGCUCAGGAACGCCCUAUUCUGGAGCCUCUAAGGUUAAUAUUUAGAAGACGAAAAUGAUCCGCUUUAUCCUCAUCCAGAAUCGAGCAGGGAAGACACGAUUGGCCAAAUGGUACAUGCAGUUCGAUGAUGAUGAAAAGCAGAAGUUGAUUGAGGAGGUCCAUGCUGUGGUUACUGUCAGGGACGCCAAGCAUACCAACUUUGUGGAGUUCAGGAACUUCAAGAUCAUUUACCGACGUUAUGCUGGUCUGUAUUUCUGUAUUUGUGUGGACGUGACUGAUAAUAACCUGGCGUACCUCGAGGGAAUCCACAAUUUUGUAGAGGUGCUGAAUGAGUAUUUUCACAACGUGUGCGAACUGGACCUUGUGUUCAAUUUCUACAAGGUCUACACCGUGGUGGAUGAGAUGUUCCUGGCAGGAGAGAUCAGGGAGACCAGUCAGACCAAGGUCCUCAAGCAGCUCCUAAUGCUCCAGUCACUUGAGUAGAAAAUUGACAACCAUCGACGCUACCUGCCCACAGAUCUGCUGCCCUGGCACCCACACCAACAUAUUCCUAGUUUCUGUCACUCUGGGAAGGACCCUCAUCAUCCUCCUGCCUCGACAUCGCCAACGUUUAAGAGAACUUCAGGAGAGGCGCGUUGUUUAGAAGAGAAAUACGUAAUAUUGUUAAACUAACCUGUUUGUCAUUACAGUCUGUAUGUUGCAAUAUUCUGUAACCGUUGUACUGCUAAAGAUGUCAUCUAGUAUUAAGGCUACACAGUACAUUUCAACAUGUUAACAUUUCAUAUAUCUCCUGUGUUACAUUUUGUUCACUUCUCCUAAAGCCAGAGGCAGCAGAAAGUUAGUUUUUCUCAUGUAGUAACCAGUUAGUCAUUGCAUUUAUCUCUGUGCAGUGUGGAAAUCAGUGUGACACUGCUACUCCUGCCCUCCUCCUCCUCCUCCUCCUCCCAUUACCCAAAACAUUUAUUUAAUGGCACUACUGUAACUAACAAGCACCAUAAACAGAGAAAGCCUAUAAUGGUCUGUGUGCGUUGAGAACUUACAACGGUCUUGUAGCCAUUUCUGUAAAUCCACAUAAAGAACGUUCUUCCACAUAUUACGGUAUUCAUCGUGGCUAGUGUGCAUUUUAAAUCUGGAUCGCAGUACAAGCAAACUACAAGUAGAAAGCCCUUUAGGGCAAUUGACCCAUCACAGCAAGUUCAUAAUUGAAUGGAGUGUACUCAGAAUGAGUGCCAUUUUGAUGAUGUGUUAUGGCAACCUGUGCUGUGUCAGACAUCCUCGUGGCUGAUUGAUGAUAAAUAGUGUAGGUUAUGUUGGAUCAGAUGGUCGCACUUUGGAUGUUGUAAUGAUUUUCAUUGCAUUUUAAAUUAUCAGCAUAAUUUCAUCAGACUGAUUACAGUAAAUGGUGCUUGUUAGUCACUCAUAAAACACUUAAACACAAACAACUCAGAUGGAACAAGACCUGGACAUAGAAAGUAUAUUUUACAUAAAGCAGUACUGUGAAGUUUGCUUUGUAUGGUGUGUACAUACAGUGUAUCUUGUGUUGAAUAUUGUGAAAUUAACACAUUCAUUGCAGAAAGAGUGGUUCUUUCUCCCAUUUCUGUACAUUCCUCAUUAAAUGAUUAACAUUUUAAAUUCAAGCCACAUGAACUCUGACGGAAACAUCUUUUAUUCAUGUCCCUUUGCUGAACUUAAAUGUUUAUGAAAUUGUCAUACUCUAAUUUUAACCAUAUCCAAUCUCAAAAGCUGUCAAAGAUGGUUUCAAGUGUUGUUGAACUUUUGUAUUUUUUUUUAAAUAUUAGACAAUAGUGACAUAUGUACUGCUUCCCUUCUUGUCCACCUGUGAGUUUGUUGAUGGAAGAUGUGUGUAUUACUGUCUCCUGUUCAACUACCUACAUCAGUAUGACCCAUUUUGUGUAAAUAAUAAACAGAUGAAGUGACACAACA